GAGCCUAAGAAUUGCGGAGCCACUAUCCAAGGAACAAUGUGUAACUUCUGUUGCGCAAAGGAUGUGAAACCCGAUAGCACGCACUGCAAGUCUGCGAAUGCGGCGUGCCAGGCUGGUGGAAAGCCUGACGGUGUCACGUUCAAUUGUGAUGCCGAUUAA